AUGGUGUUUGUUAAAGUUAAAAAUAAAUGGAAAGAAAUUGAUAGUGGACACUUUAUAUGUUGUUCUAAUAAUUGUAUAAAUACAAACAACCCUGUUGGGAAUUGUAUUAAAGGGAAUGGAUUUGUAAAUUUAAUUGACCCUGAAAAUGUUAAAUAUUUGGUGGGGAAAGAAGGCUGUAAUAAAUAUAUAGCAGUUUAUACAGAAAAUGCAUUCAACAAAAUACAAAGCUGUUUGAAUUAUUCUUUAUAUUAUUUUGAAGUUAAAUGUAAAUUUGAAAAAGAAUUAAAUGGUAGCAGAUUAUAUAUGAGUUUUGGUCUUAGAAAUUGUAGUACAAGCAAGAAUAUUUACUAUUCUGCAAAAUAUGGUAAAAUAUAUAACAGAGGAUACUUUCAACUUUCAUCCUUUACUUGGAAGAAUAACGAUAUUUUCGGUUGUGGAAUAGUUUAUCCACCAUUUAAUAUGACGAAUGAAUCUCCUUAUGUUUUCUUUACACAAAAUGGAAAACAAAUUGGUAAAGGUGUAUUAUUAAAAGACAAUUUCGAUCCAUAUAAACCACGUGUUCUCUUGAACUGUUGUUCUGUUGAAGCAAAUUUUGGAAAUGAUUUGGAGACUAAACCAUUUAAAUACGACAUUUCAAAACAUUUAAUUCUUAAGGAAUUUUAUUAA